AUGACGCUCAUAUCAAAGUUGAUGACGGAUGGCCUUAUGGCUCGCAUUCGUAGGCCAAGUUUAUUUAAUAAACUUACAACAGUUGAUGAUCUUAUCGAUAGUGGAUUCUUUAAGAACGGAAUGCGAGUAGGAUGGUCUGGAUUUACGGGAGUAGGUUAUCCAAAAGUUACGCCUAUUGCAUUAGCAGAGUAUGUAGAAAAGAAUAAUUUACAAGGAAAACUUCGUUUUGAUCUUUAUGUUGGCGCUAGUACAGCUUCUGAAACCGAAGAUAGAUGGGCAAAGAAUGAUAUGAUAUCUCGUAGAUAUCCAUAUCAAGUUGGCAAACACGUACAAAAAGGAAUCAAUACGAAUCGUAUUUUAUUUGCCGAUAAGCACCUUUCGGAAUUUCCGUUGGAUUUGGUUUCCGGAUAUUACACAUUAGAGAAGAAGGGGAAUGUAAUUGAAAAACUUGACGUUGUAAUUGUUGAAGCGACGGCAAUCACUGAAGAAGGGCAUAUUAUUCCUGGAGCAUCCGUUGGCGCAACACCAGAAAUCGUUCAGUCAGCAGCUCAUGUAAUAAUAGAAGUUAAUACAGUCCUUCCUAAUUUUGAAGGAUUACAUGACAUUACCUUGAGCAAAUUCGCCCCAUAUAAACUUCCAAAUUUGAUUCAAAGAGUUGACGAUCGUGUCGGAACGCCUUAUAUUCCAAUUGAUAGCGAUAAAGUUGUUGCGAUUAUAGAAUCCACAAAACUUGACAGGACAUUGGAAAGUGAACCGCAGGAUGACAUAUCACAUAAGAUAGCGAACAAUAUUCUUGAAUUCUUAGAACAUGAGGUAACAAUGGGAAGAUUACCGAUUCACCUCCUUCCUUUACAAUCAGGAGUAGGAAAUAUUGCUAAUGCGAUUAUCGGAGGUCUUGCGGAUGGUCCUUUUACAGAUGUUGAAGUAUGGACCGAAGUUAUUCAAGAUACAUUCUUAGAUUUUUGGGAACAUCAUAAAUUAAGUUUUGCUUCGGCUACUAGCGUUUCAUUUUCACCGGAUGGGUUUAAGAGAUUUUAUGAAAUGUGGGAUCAUCUCAAAGAUCGUCUUGUAUUAAGAAGUCAAAGUGUCUCUAAUUCACCCGAGAUCAUUCGAAGAUUGGGCACUAUCGCAAUGAAUACACCCUUCGAUAUUUAUGGUCAUGCGAAUUCUACACACGUGUGCGGAACAAGAAUGUUGAAUGGUAUUGGCGGUUCAAAUGAUUUCCUGAGAAACGCCAAACUCAGCAUUAUGCAUACACCAUCUACCAGACCCACCAAAAAAGAUCCUAUAGGCAUUUCAUGUGUGGUCCCAAUGUGCUCUCACAUCGAUCAAACUGAACAUGACCUUGACGUGUUAGUGACAGAACACGGAUUAGCGGAUGUUCGUGGGCUCGCACCGGUUGAAAGAGCCAGAUUAAUAAUUAAUAAUUGUGCGCAUCCGGAUUAUAAACAUAUUCUUAAGGACUAUUUUGAUAUGGCCGAAAAGAAAUGUAUGUUAACAGCUGUUGCUCAUGAACCACAAAUGUUGGAUAUAGUAUUUAAAAUGCAUUUGAACGUUAUGGGCGAAGAGAACACCAUGAGAAUUAAAUCUUGGUGA